CGUUUCGUUACAAAAAUCUUAAACACAUUUUCGAUCUCUAUUUUAAAAAGUUGUAGUCUAUCUCUCCCUCCAUGGAAGCUCAACACCUUCAUGGCAAGCCUCAUGCUGAAGGAGAAUGGUCCACUGGCUUCUGUGAUUGCUUCUCCGACUUCCCCAACUGUUGUAUCACGUUCUGGUGUCCAUGUAUUACAUUCGGGCAAGUCGCUGAGAUUGUUGAUCAAGGAGCCACCACGUGUGGUACGGCUGGAGCACUAUACGCGUUGAUAAUGGCAGUAACGAGUUGUGCAUGUAUGUACUCGUGUUUCUAUCGUAAAAAGAUGAGAGCUCAAUACAACAUUGGUGGCGAUGAUUGUGGAGAUUGCCUUAAGCAUUUCUGCUGUGAGCUCUGUGCUUUGACCCAACAAUACCGUGAACUCAAGCAUCGCGGUUUCGAUAUGUCUCUUGGAUGGGCUGGUAACGUGGAGAGGCAGCAGAACCAAGGAGGUGUGGCGAUGGGUGCUCCAGUCGCCCAUGGUGGCAUGACCCGUUAAUUCUUUUUAUGUAAUCAUAUACUAAAAUAAACGAGGUUUUAUCCUCUCUUUGUUGUUUGUAUUUAAGUAAGUAUGUUUGUUUGUGAAAGUUUGAACAUAACUACAUGAUUAAUUAUUUCUUCAAUGGCGGCUA